GCCAUGUCAAGAAUGUCACAAAAGCUCUUUUGUAUUCUUCAUAAAGGCAUUGUUCAUGGCAACAUAUCAUAUAUAAUAGCAGCUUUUUAGCCCAUAAUGAUACUGGCCUGUACAUAUGCCUUCUAGGUCGAGGUUAAUACAAAGAUACAUCGGACAAUCAGCUGUGAUCUUCAAAAAUGGCCAAUUUACAAGAGAUGUGCCAUGUAGCCGAGACGUCACAAGUACCGGCCUAUCUGCCUACCAUAUUAAAUACCAUCUCAGCUGACCCCAAUCACCAGUUCAAUGUCCACUGUGCCAUUUGUGGCGACCUGCUCAACAUUUCCAGUAGUAUCUCAUCCCGCGUCCCCGCGUUUCUCUCAGCCGGUGGUCAGUCCUCCUCUCACCUUCCUUUCUACGAAGCUCACCACAUCGAGCAGACAGCCGUGCUCUUCUGCGGACACGUCAUCGGCUAUGAAUGCUACAAGAAAUUCUUCGCCUCGCGCUACGGCGACUGGGCCGCGGUCGAGAUUUACCAUGCCCUGGUAACCGACGACGACCAUGAGGCAGAUAUACAGGAGUCGUUAGAAAACCCGGCGCAAGAUCCAGCUAGUUGUCCCAUCUGCAGGAUGGUGCUCAGGUUCAGAGACUGUAAGCACGCCAUCCCCGUCAAAUCGCCGUUCACGGUUGCGUUUCCGUUACACGAGGACUCGUUUGAUCUCCGGAAAGGUCUGGAGGAGACCGUCCCGCUGACACUGCCAGAGGGAGCCGCCAUCCCGGGGUUUUGCGCAGAGUGUGGGAAUCGCUACGCCGACAUGAUAGAGCAGGAAUACUGGCGCCCGAAAUGUAUGCUGUGUGUGCGUCAAGAAAACAAACCCGAGUACUUGGAGCGGGACCUGAAAAAUAUUUGUGGAAACGAAGUGGCACAGCUGUGGAGAGAGAGCAAAGGCGAGGAUCAUGCUGGGCUGGCCAGGUUGUAUAAGGAGGUCUGCUUGGGGAAGCACGCGGAACAGAUGAGUCUGAUCGCGUACCCAAGGCGUGAAGGCAGAGAUGUCAAUAGGCAAAGGGCCGGCUGGUGGCACCAAAACCUGAGGUCUGUUUACCGGGAGAGGCCAUUGCAGGGUGAAGUGGAGGGUGAGAUGUGGUCGAUAUGCAAACAGAGGAAUGCGCAUGUGUAUCACACGCAUCAGGGAGCAUGUGAAGGUUAUCGGGAUUCAGGAAGCCAGAGAAGAGGGGCAGCGGUGAGAAGGAUGGUGUCCUGGUUAGACAGGAAUAGUGUUGAGUUGGAGCAGAGAGUCUACGGCAUGCAUUAA